AUGUCUCGUCGCAGCAAGCGUCUCAGCACUCUGGAUCAGGAGGAUGACCGGAACAGCACUAGCAGCUUGGAGAGUCAUGUAUUGUACAGAGACAGUCCUGUCAGGAGUACAAGGAGGAAAGUGACCACCAUCAAACGAGCUCCCAUCCCCCAGCAAACCACUGAGCAUACAUACUACAGUGAGACAUCUACAUAUGUUAGUCGGGACCGAGGUGGUUUGUCUUCAGCCUUAAAGGAAACAGACUAUGAAGGAUCUACAUGGGGAGAGAGUGACUUGGUACGGAAAAGGCUUGGGAUAGAUAUUUCCCACAUCAGCAGCAAGAAUGGCUUCUCAGAUAGACAGACAGCGUAUGACAAAUCUCCUUCAUCUUCUGGUUAUUCUUCAGAGGAGGAUUACAAUGGCCACACUUAUUCUCAAGAAGGUUUUACUCGUGUCUCUCGUUGGAAAAGGUGGGCUCAGCAAUUGAAGGAACUGCCUUGGCUUUUGUUUACCUAUCCAGGUCGUGUAUUCAGACUCUUAUAUUGGUGGAUUGGUACAACCUGGUACCGUAUGACAACCUCUGCUUCUCUUCUUGAUGUCUUUAUUUUAACCCGGCCUUAUAAUUUCCUAAAGAAAGCACUGUUGAUUUUACUACUACUUCUGAUUUUGGCUCUGACGGCUGCCGGAUUAUGGCAUUUCUACCCAUUUGGACUUCGUGGUUUGUUAUCUGUUCCAAUGGCUGCAUUUUCUGGCUCACAAAAAACUGCAAAAGACAGUGCUUUGAGAGGAGACAGUCCAGGACCCAAAGUACAGCCUCUACAAUUACAGCCUGAAUUAAUGUCACGCAUAGAGUCUCUAGAGAAAAGUUUUCAAAUCCUAGAGGAUGAGCAAAGAUUGUUAAGAACUAUGAAAUCCGCCCCCACCGCAGACACUGGAAUGAAACGAGAAGAGGUUCUUCAGAUUUUCAAAGACUUGUCCAGCUCCAAAGAUUUGGCUUUAAGACAACAGAUUAUGCAAGAAAGCAUAGAGAAGACAGAGAAUGCACUGAUAGGACUGAAACAGGAGCAACAAGAUCAUCUCCAGGGCAUUCUUCAAAAAAUGCAUCAAAACUCUAAGGAUGUAGAAGACCAGAUUUUGCAGCUCAGGACAGAGGUUAAAAGCCCACAUCAGGACAGUUUUAGGGAGAAUUUCCUGCAAGAUUUAGGAAAACUGGAGACAAAACUUCUACAUCUUCAGGAAGAGUUGGAAGCUGUUAGAAAGACCCAGGGUGACGUUUCUCAGCAAAUGGCAGCCAUUCCUGGCCAGAUAAAAGGAGUCAGGGAUGAGGUUCAAACUCUCUUCCCAACCUGGCUCCUGAGUAACUUGGAAUCAGAGUCACUCUCGAAUGUAUUCCUCCGCCAGGAAGAGCUGCAGAAACCUUUAGUGGAUUUGAAAAAAAAAAAAUCCUUGCUGCUGUUGCUGCAGACAAGAAACUACACAGAUCUCAGGCUCAAAUAGCCAUAGGCGAGCAGAUACAGGCAAGCGGACUUUCUGGAGUUUCACGAGAGGAAGUGUAUGAAAUUGUGAAUCGUGCCCUACAGAGAUAUAGUGAGGACCGAAUUGGUUUGGUGGAUUAUGCGCUGGAAUCUUCUGGAGCCAGUGUUCUAAACACUAGGUGUUCUGAGACCUAUGAAACCAAAACUGCCCUGCUCAGCCUGUUUGGGGUUCCACUAUGGUACCAAUCACAGUCCCCACGAGUCAUCCUUCAGCCAGAUUCAAACCCAGGUAACUGCUGGGCUUUUAGAGGAUCCCAAGGGUAUGCUGUAGUCCGUCUGUCUAGUCGCAUUCGACCAACAGCUGUCACUGUAGAUCACAUCCCUCGUUCUUUGUCACCAAAGUCCACAAUUUCAAGUGCUCCAAAGGAUUUUCGCUGUAUAUGGUUUAGAGGAAGAAACACAGAAAGAAGGUGUUCUUCUCGGGAACUUCACCUACAGUCAAGAUGGAGAUCCUAUUCAGACCUUUUAUAUAAAGGGUGAAAAUAUUUCUACUUAUGAGCUUGUGGAACUGAGAAUACAGAGCAACUGGGGCCAUCCUGAAUAUACCUGCGUUUAUCGAUUCCGUGUCCAUGGAGAAGCAGACGUGUAG